AUGCAGAAAAUUAAAAGAAAAAGCGGAGAGAGCGAGUCUUCACCUUCCAAGAAGAAAAAAGUACAAUUUGAAACUGUUAAACAAAAUGAAAUUAAUAACAAAAAUAAAGAUGAACAAAAAAUUCCAAAAAAAAAAUUUGAUAAAAAUGCUUCUAAAAAUUUUAAAAAAAUUAACAAAACUGGAUUUAAAGGUAAACCUAAUGAUUCUAAGAAUAAAUUUUCAAAAAAUAAAGAAACCGGUAAAAAGCCAAAAUGGUCAGAAAUGAAAAAGGAAAAAAAGAAUCUUCGAACUGAACGUCGCAAAGCAAAGGCAUCUGCUGAAAUAUUUGAAAUUUCUCAUAAAGCAAAGCUGCUUGCAGCACAAAUUCAAAGGAAGACUGUGAAACCAGAUUUUAGAUUAAGUGCCUGUAAAGAAUUACAUAUCUUAAUCAAGGGCCAAUACAAGGCAAUAGCUCUUACACAUGAUUUGAGUAGAGUUAUACAAGUUUUACUUAAACACAGUCCAGAAGAUGUUAGAAAUGAGAUAACAGAAGAAUUGUUGGAGAUUAUGGUACCAAUGAUGCAGUCUAAAUACGCUCAUCACUCUGUAAAACGUAUUCUUAAGUAUGGCACAGAUUACAUCCGACAUGAAGUUAUUAAGAAGCUAUUUGGUCACAUAGUAUCAUUAGCUUCUCAUACAAUAAGUGCACCUGUUCUUGACUACGCUUAUGGAGAGUUUGCUACAAAAAAAGAAAAGAUGCAUAUGCAACAGGAGUUUUACGGAGAUAUGUAUAAAAAUUCUAAAGAUGACAAAGUGAAGACACUAAAUGAUGCAUAUAAAGAUAGUCCUGAAAUGAAAUCAGCUAUUUUGCAGUCUUGUAAAGCUAACAUCCAACGCAUUCUGGAUAAAAAUUUGCAUGACGGAGAACUGCUCCAUUCAGUGCUAUAUGAUUAUAUACGGGAAUGCAGCCCAGAGGACAGAGCUGAACUCAUCUCAACUUUGAGUCCACUCAUAGUGCCUCUCAGUAAUUCCUUACCAGGAGUCAAUGCUGCCAGCUUGUGUGUUUGGCAAGGCACUAACAAAGAUAAAAAGACUAUUUUAAAAGUAGUAAAGGAACAUGUGGUACCCUUAAGUAAACACAAGACAGGAUACCGUUUACUAAUAGCAAUUUUUGACUCUGUUGACGACACGGUUUUAGUGAAGAAAACUAUUGUUUCGACACUGGCUGCUAAUCUGAAAGACAUAGCCACUGAUCAUUGGGGUAACAUGACUUUACAUUGGUUGGUCAAACCAAAAGACCCCGCAGCGUUCCAUCCCAGUUUUAUAAAAUUCUUAGAAGAAGGUUUCAAGAGUGGUACAUCUAAAAAGGAUACAGAUAUUCGUGUAUCUGAACUCCGAGAAGCUAUACUUCCAUUACUGAAGGAAUCCAUGGAGUCAGAGCCCGAAUUCUGGCUAAGCAACAAAACAACUAUGUUGUUACUUGUCGCUGUGUUAUCUAUUGAAACUUCAAAAUCUAUAUUAGAUUCACUAGCAAAAGUGAUAUGCCAGUCUGAUUGGACGGUCAAAGUGAACGACAAAGAGUUGUUGGCAGUUGAAGAUGCAGGUAUUCAUAUGUGUUUAAAGAAGUUAGCUGUUUUAGACCAAACCGCAACAAACAGCUUAGGUGAAGCAAUCUGUGAGCAUUUAGAGGAUGAAACUUUAAAAGUCUGGUUGCCCACAAACAGGGGUUGCUUCUUUGUUUUGAAACUAAUUGAAAACAAUGAGAAAAUUGCUAAUAAACUUAUAAAGAAAGUCAAAAGCCAUUCUAAUAUACUGAAGCAACAAUCAUCUCAAGGAGCUAAACUUCUAUUGGAGAGUAUUAAGAAAAAA